AUGCUCUCCUUAUAUAGUCGAAGGGCAUUGCAAGCAGUGGGUAAAAUCCAAUCAUCAGUUCGCCUGAAUUCGACAAAUAAACCAACAAAAUGGAAGAUCGAAGAGAAAACUGAAAAUGAUACAACAACGGUGAGCAUGCAGCCAGUUCAAGACUCAUCACAAUUUCGAUCGGAAUCAGACGUUUGCUCUCUUUGUACUUGCAAUGUUCCGGUCAAAGUGUCAUACAAGGAUGUUCUUAUAUUAGAGCAGUUCAUGCGAGAUGAUGGCACAGUUUUGCCAAAGGAACUCACUGGGUUGUGCAAAAACCAACAAUUAAGAGUAGAGCGAUGUGUUAUGCAAGCCCACUGGUCAGGUUUAUUCGGCUCAAAAUAUGGAGAUGUAGUCGAAAGAAAAGGUUAUUAUCGUUUCAAUCGAUACUGGAAUGAUGAUAUGGCAAUGUAUCGUUUGGAAACGAAAAAGGUUCACGGCACAUGGUACUAUAUCAAGCGCUAUCCGACAAAGAACAACGCAAUCUUCAAAAAUCCAAUUAAUUAA